AGUCAGGAGGCUUUUCGCGGGGGCUGUGCCGGGUGGGCGGUUUUCCCAGAGCAAGGAGCGGAGCAGGACUGAGUUGGCGCCGGCUCCCUCUGAUAUAGACGCCGCUGGCUGGAUGACCAGCCUGCCCCGCUAGCGUGAACGAACCCAAGGGCUCCCUCAGGCACCGUGUUCCCACCCUGGGGGCUGCAGCGCCACACCUCAGAGGUGUGGCAUGUCACAGAGGGAGGCCGGAGGGGCACUGGCCAUGCCCGGAGUGGGGCAGAGCCCGGCCAAGGCCACGCCGAGGUUGCUAGCAGGCACCGACAGGAAGAGGAGCCGCCUGAGCAGGACAGGGCAGGACCUGUGGGAAGACACCAGCUGGAGCGGCCAAAGAUGGAGCGGAGCUGCCCCCAGCUCCCGAGGGUCCAGGGCCAGGAGCCUGGCUCGUGGCCGGAACGAGGCCAGUCCUGAGAACGCAGCCCGGGAGCGAAGCCGAGUGAGGACGCUGCGCCAGGCCUUCCUGGCCCUGCAAGCCACUCUGCCCGCCGUGCCACCCGACACCAAGCUGUCCAAGUUGGACGUGCUGGUGCUGGCCACCAGCUACAUAGCCCACCUCACCCGCACGCUCGGCCACGAGAUGCCCGGCCCUGCCUGGCCACCCUUCCUGCGUGGACUUCGCUACUUGCACCCUCUCAAGAAGUGGCCGAUGAGAUCUCGACUCUAUGCCGGAGGCCUGGGCUGCUCUGGCCUUGACUCCACCACAGCCGCCACCUCGGGACAAAGAACAAAGGAGGCAGAGGCCGGGCCCCAAGGCUCUGGAGAGGCGGAUGCUCUUCUUCCCACCAGGCCGCUCUCACCAGCACUUGGUGACAAGUGAUCGUCACAAUCACUCUUCCCUCCUGGACUGCGACUCGAACUUAGGGACCUGGACACUCUGCCAGGCCCUGCCCAUCUUCACUCUGACUCUCACCCAGCGGAUCCUGGGCGGGCUCAGCGCCCAGGUCCCAGCACGCGCACUGGGCAAAGCGGAGGGCACGUCUGUGAUGGAGAGUACUCGGGAGGACCAGGGGGCAGAUCCUCAUCUUGUCACCCGGGGCCUGGCUCUUCAUGGCAGAGACACGGGCGGCGGGCAAGGAGAGGGUUUGAUCGGGGAGGAAGGUGAGUUAGGGCACCGUUCCCUGCUUUUCUCCCCUAAGAUUCCCUCAGACCCGGAGAGACUGCAAGAAGGCAUACAUCGCUGCACAGGUGCAGAGGUGGGGGGCCCGGUGGGCAGCAGCCACAGGUGCUGAUGGGAAAGCCCGGGGCCUCACAGGCCCUUGGCAGCUGUGAGUGUGAACAGAGCCGGGCCGGGGUCACCUGGGCAGAGGGACGACUGAGGAAGGGAACGUGCUUGGCUGUUGCACCAUGAGCGGCUUUCCUGAUGUCAGAGGCAGGAGAAACUGAGGAAUCUUGAAUCCGCGUUCUAGUCCUUUCCAGCUGCCCCUCAUCACCACGUUUCCUCCCUCUCCGGGCCCUGCAUCCUUCCACUCUUUUCUUGAUAUGAGUGAUAGUUACAGGUUGGGCCCUAAAGCUUGCCUUGCUUACCUUCCAGUAAUCGGAGAAAACUGACCUAGU